CAGAGUUUCGACGUUUCGUUUCGCUUUCAAACACAAGUGAUUCGUUUUCGGGUGCUAAUUCUCGCUCUACCGAGACUGAUUUUCACUUUCGGUUUCAGUUUCAAUUUCGCAUUUUUGUUUCAAACUCCGAUCGACGUCGUGCAAGUUCGUUUGGGCCGUUCGUGUCCUUUUCGUUCUCCGUCCCUUUGGGCUCUACUUGGCGGUGUGAUGGCAAGCACUGAUGCAGCUGACGAGGCUCCUGGCUAUGGCCCCUUGCGGGUGGAUCUACAUUGUUUGUGCCUCCGCAAUUUGUAUGACCCCCGACAAUCAUUACUCAGGUCCUGCACAAUUGGGGAACGCCAGGGUUGACUUUCCUGACGUUUGCAAUGAGCAUGGUGUCCUUCUCAAUGUGAGCAGGACAAAAUUGCAAGAUGGUGAUGUCGUAGAGGUUGAAGUCAUUUUGAAACUGCACGUUUGUUCCAUUUAUUUCCUCCGGCUUUCAGUGCUGAGAUCCACCCUUACCUCGAGGCAUAUGCUUUUCCUUUGUCUCCUGGGUUUAAACCAGUACUUCUAGGGAGAACUACGUAUGUUAUACUUGUUAUCACAUUAGUUUCCGGUUCCGGCUAUCUAACAUCUAAGCAUGGAAUAUGUGAUCCCGCAGAACCGAUUCGCGUCUACCCCAUGUGUGCAGCUACCUUCCAUUUUGAUGAAUUAUGAGGCUCAAGAGAGCAAGCUUCGUCAUA